AUGGAAGACAACGGCUGCGGAGGCGACAUGCCAUCGAGUGGCAACAUCAGUAAAGACGCAAGCCCUUAUGUCUGUCUCUCGGCCCAUUGUGAUUUACUGCAUUUUGUCGGUCCAGUGCCUCAUCCGUACGGUGGGCCAACACCGCAAACAGUUACGGAACGUGCUGCGCGAUACACGCGUUUUGCCUGUGAAUCCUGUGAGACGGCACCGACAGUGACAGUGCAAUGCGAGCAUUCGCUUUUUUUGCCCGUUCCGACUGCAAGGACGGCUGACGGAGUGCCAUCCUUCCCGCUGAACGGCAUUGAGCUAGCACGAUGGGCGUACCGGGAGAACUUUGAGUCCACCGCAGCUCAACCGCACCUGGACCCACACGAGAAGAAACUUGGUGUCCGUCGUCCAAUCUCGCAUGGUGAUUCCAUCAGUACACUGCAUGAGCCUAUGCUGCCACAACAAGCCUCCGCAACCCCACCAGUAGAAACUGCAUCCGCUACUGUAUCGGGAAAUUCUAGCUAUACCGUAAAUUUCCACGCGCUGCGUCGCACUAUCCUGCAGGCAUUAUUCAUUCUAAGUCUCCCUAAGAGAAGCCCCGCGGCCUCCUUCACAUUAUCUGUGCACGAUCCAAGCCCUUCUGGGGUCACACGUUUCUUUGUCCUUCCUCGAUGCGCGGAAAAUGUGGCGAUGCUGGCACACCCUGCGAUGGUGAGUCUUAGUAUUGCAAGAACCACCGAUGGUGAUAGACUCCAUUGCUGUUGUCAGUGCCGAACCGAGAAGGAUGUGGAAGAGAACAGAGACUUCUUUUUACCACUCUUAUGGGAAUUAAACGAGUGGGAUGAAGGAGAACAGUACUCCUCAGAAUCGGUUGAGUUGAAUCAUUUUCUCAAUGAGACAAUGAUUCCCGCAUUGUUUGCAUUACCAGAGAGUCUCUCAAGACCCACUGAAAGUGAAGCUGUUCAGGUAUCGCAGGCAGUUGGUUGGUCUCAGAGACGCUCAUUUCACUUCUUGGCACUGAUUGCACACUGUGUGUGGUGCGAAAAAGUGGCCUUGUACAUCAUCGGUCGUAACACUGAGUCAAUGGCUUCGUAUGGACGCUGGAAAGCGCGUUUGAAAUUACGGGACAGUGCCUCCUUAGAGUCCACUGGCAAGUGGGAAUCGACAUUGUUGUUUUAUCCCAUGGCGUUCCAUGAUGGAUGCUCACAUCCUCAAGGCACAAGAGGGCGCUUAGAAGUCGUUGACAUCACCGCCACUUCAUGUGCAGCAUUGCUUCAGGUAACACUUAGGGGGUGCGAUGAGAAGAUGAACUUGGACUGGGGUGGUGAGGCACCUCACGCAUCCACCGGGAGUCUGAGUGACCUCGUGGAGCUGCAUGAAAGGAAGAGAUAA